GAGAAGAAGACAUUAACAAAGGGGAUAUAACAGAUCAGGUGUACUUCUUCUACAAGACAAAAUGACCAGUAAAGAUUUUUUACCUUCAGUGCCAACAGACCUGGGGAUUGUCCUUAUUGGCAAAGUUGGAGCUGGAAAGACUGCAGUCAUGAACAGCAUUUUGAGGUGCUCACAGAAAAAUGAGGAGACCACUUCUAAUACAAAGAUGUGCCAAAACGUAUGCAUUAACGGACAAAAUGUAGUCAUUGUUGACACUCCAGGUCUGUGUGAUGCAGAGAAAACAGAUGAUGAAGUAAUAGAUGAAAUCAGGAAAGCGCUCCCACUUGCUCAUCCAGGUCCCCACGUGUUCCUGAUUGUGCUGGAUCUUCAGCGCUUUACACAAGAAUGCCAAGAAAUGGUGGAAACGAUUUGGAAAUCUUUUGGUGAAGAUGCAGCCCAGUUUGCUGUGGCUUUGUUCACCCAUGGAGACGAGCUGAAAAAAAGGGGAAAACCCAUUAAGAAGUUCAUUGGCGAGUCAACAGAACUGAAUAACUUUGUCUCUAAGUGCAAAGGUGGGUUCUACGCUGUUGAUAACAACAACCAGGAUCCAGCUGAAGUCACUAAGCUUCUUCAGUUCAUCAACAAUGUGGUCAACAAAAAUGGAGGAAAGGCUUAUACCCAGGAAAUGCAGCAAAUGGCAAUCAGGAAUUCUGGAAUAAGGAGAAAAAUUGCACUCUCUGUAAGUGGGUCUGCAAUGGCUGGAGCAGGUGUUGGAGGCGUAGCGACAUACUUUUCUGGGAGCACAAUUGGAGUUCCAAUAGGAGCUGCAGCAGGGGGUGCAGUCGGGGGUGUAAUGGGAGCGGUAGGCAUCGUCGCAGCACAACAUAUCAAGGCAAAUAACUGUGUUAUACAAUGAAUAUUUCUGAUUGAAAUUAUUAAAAGCGCCACACUUCAAGCCCAUUACGGCUUGAAUGAACGGUCCCUUCUAACACUGGUUUAACUCUUAGAUAACAAAGAGCCAAACAGAGAUGUAAAAAAAAACAAAAAAACUUCUGAGACACAAAAUUCAAGACAGUUACCAAAGGUCAAACAAGUAAAAACUAAACGUCUUUCCACAAACAGUAUGCAUAAUGGGAUCCACAGUCCAUGCAGCCAUUACUUACUAUUACUUUGUCUAAAUGCUUCCAAGCUCCUAAAACCUGGGAGCAUCUCCAACCAGAUGUGGCCUAAACUGGUCAUACAUGUGUUUUUGUUUGCUCCUGACUGUAAAAACGUGAGACAACAAUCAUUUGUUUUUAUUUUCAUGUUCUUUUCAUGUCCCAAAAACACCUGAUUUAGGUUCCAGGAACAUAGUGGUGUUUUAACGUCAUAAAUCUAACAAUCUAUACAGUACCUGCUUUGUAUAAUGCAUAGUGAAAAUAUAAUGUACAUACAGCGUAUCUGCUGUACAGUAUAUACAACUGUAUCUGUGGCUGUAGCUGUAGCUGUGGGCUGAUAAAUCAUUCGACGUCUGUUGUAUAUAAUAUAUUGUUGUAAAUAUGUAUCCACUUGUCUGGGGGAUUUCUAAUUUUAUGUAACUUCAACAUGAGACAUUAUAAUUAAUAGUAACUAAUAAUUAAUUAAUUACAAAGGUUGUGUCAUUAUUUAUACUUUGUUGUCAACUGUCAGUUGAUGGGUUAUUAGGAUAAAAUGUCUUACACAUAAUUUUUUGAUCUGUUGUAAAUCUACAGUGAUGCAAUGAUUCAUCAUGCCAGUUUCAAGUUAUUUAUUAAGUAGAUGAUGAUGAAGAUGUUUGUUAUAAGAGUUGUGAAACAUUGUUGAAUUGAUGACAAACGACCUUAACUCUCAGCUGAGAGACAUUUUGGAACAAAGUAAAUGACUAAGAAAACUGGGCCUACGUUCACAUGUAAACGCUCAGGGUCUUAACGGUACAUUUUGGACUGACAACUGUAUAACCCCAAACAGUCAACGGGCCCUAAUUGAAGCCAUACAGCAGCAGCUCACUGAAGAAUAACAAUAAGAACAUGUUUAGACCUUACAGAACAAAGAGAUUAACAGAUCUCAACUGAGCAGCAGGUGACAUGGACGGGAAAAACUCACCUUAAUGAAAGAAACCUUUAGUACAAUGAGCUCUGGCAAAACAAAAAUGUUGAGCCUGAUGUGAUUCUGAGCUGGUUCCCAGCCUCUGAUUCUGUAUUUGCCAAACAAUCUGGGUUAUUUGGUUAAAUAAACAGUCCCACUGACAGUAUAGUUUACAAUACAGAGAAAGAUAAUGAUUAUCAUUGGCCUAAACUUGAU